CCUACGCUGCUGCUUGCCUCCGGUGACUCGGAAUGGCCCCUUUGCCUGCCUGCCCUGCGUGCUUGCCCUGGCUGCCUCUGUGCCCUGCGCCGGUCCCUGCUUCCGGCUUCCUUGGUCGUAAGCAUGCACGCACGCACGCCCAAAAAGAAGAAGAAAAAAUCUCCUCCCGCUGCUGCUGCCCCCUUCAAAAAAGAAAAAAUCCAUCCCCGCCAAGUCAGCCGCCGGUCGGGGCUGGGGAGGCAGGCGGGGAAUCAGGACGCGCAACGAGAGAGGGGCCAGCCUCCUUGGCUUGGGUGGGGGGCUUCUUGGCAUUCACUGCCCAUGGUCCCGAAGUAUGUUCCAGGGCCACGAUCCGUACGCAGCAGGAGGAAGCAAAGGACGGGCGAUCCCGGAAGAAUAGAGCUCACUUCUUGCCUCCUUCAGGCUUAGACAAGCCCUCAAUGGCCGAGGACUGAGCAAGCAAGCAAGCAAGCCCCUUGGGCGUUGACUGCGUUGCGUGCAGGAUUAGGCAACAGACAGGAACCAGAUUGGCUCUUGGUCAGGUCAGACCAAGUCAGGGCGAGGUGUUCAUUGCGCUGCUUCUCUUUUGGCGUACUCAGCACCAGACAUAUCUACCCGAUGAUCAAGCCAUGAGACCUGUCGAACCCGGGAUCAGCCGAGGAUCGACUCGCACACGCCGCG